GGUCCUGGCCGUGCGCCGGAGGCAGCGGCGGCGUGGCGCAGCGGCGACAGUAAGUGCGGGCCGGCUCGGGCUCUUCCGGCUACGGUGCCGGCCGCCCCCAGACUCGCGCUCAGCGACCUCCCUCCCGGGCCCUGGGGGCGGCUGCGGGCUGCCAGGGGAGCCGCAGGACCCUACCCCAUCCGUGGUCCCUUCCCCACUGUCCCUCCUCUCCCUCCUUGCUCUCUGCCACCCCUCUUUCUGGGUCUCUAUCUUCUCUUCCCCAAAUCCUCUCCCCUCCUCCUCCCUGAGACUGGACCUCACCGCCUGCAUGGUGGGGGCCUGGUAUGGACCCGUCGGCCCGAAGUAUCCAGACGGUGGCUGAUUCUCUCCGUCCCAGCUGCGGGGCCUGAGGCUGGGGCUGUUUACACCGCAAAGCCGGUUCUGCCGCGGCCAGUAGGCGGUGCCCUGCGCUUCCCAGUGCCCUCCCACAGGUUAGCCCUACCAGCUCCCCACCCCGGUUCACAGCCCAGGAAAUCGAGGCACAGAGGGGCGAGCCACCUAGCCAGAGUCAGGAACCUCCUUGGAACCAGCACCCAGGCUUCCCAGCCCAGAUGAGGUUUUGCCGCGGCCCCAGCAGUGCCUGCUGCCUCCUUGUGCGGGGCUGCCUGUCUGUGCAUGGCCGGGCUCCUGCAGGUGACCCAGGAGCACGUUCCAGGCCACGGCCAGCCUGUUUUGGGGAAGGUUGGGCACUUCCUUGCCUGCCUUUCUCUUUAUUUUUUAAUCCAGAAGCCAGCAGCUAGCUUUUAUAAAGACUAAUAAGACUUUGCUCACUCCAGUGCCCUGGCCUGUGACCCUGGUUAGAGAAAAUUCCUGGCUCCUUCUUCAGAAGCUCAGUCAAGCCUUGACAAAUAGACGCUAGGAACUGAGAAGGGGGCCCUAGCCAGGUGUGGUCCUGAGUGACAGGGCUGGUGGACCUUCUAGCCGCCCCCACAGGUAGCUGGAGCCUCUGGAAAGAACCACUUGCCGGUUCUCUCUUGUUCUAUGUGGGUGGGUCAUGAUUAUUUUUUACAUUUUAAACAGUAAUUUUUAAAAUGUAACAAAUGAGCUUGUUACAUUUGUACCAUUUUGUGCCAGACAAAAUACCAUAGACUGGGUGGCUUAAACAAAAUUUGUUUUUCAUGGAUCUGGAGGCUGGGAAGGGCAAGAUCAAGGUGCUGGUUGAUUUGGUUUCUGAUGAGGGCUCUCUUCCUGGCUUGCAGACAGCCUCCUUCUUGCUGUGCCUUCACAUGACUUUUCCUCUAUGAGUGGGUGCAUGUGGAAAAAGCGAUUUUCCACACAGUGAGCUUCCAGACAGUGAGCUUGUUAAUGCUGGCCUCCAUGCGAAUCCAGGCUGGGGAGGGGCUCUGCUAACCAGGGGAGUUUAAAAUAGACUUGCUGGCUGGAUGCAUUGCACUUGGGCAUCCAGUGGCCCCCCACCUGCUGGCUCCAGGGUACAUGCUACCCCAGCAGGGGAGAAUGUCCUGGUCGUGCAGAGUCCCUUCAUUCAGCAAACAUUGACAAGGGUGCCUGCAGUGUGCCUCGGCCUCUCCCGACUCACUGGCUUCAAGGCUUGCAGGAAGGAUGCCUGUACUUGGAACCAGCAGACACAGAUUCCCAUUCCCAGCCAGUCCUCCCCGGUGUGCUGAGGAGUCCAGCAUGGGCCCCAGUCUGCUUGGCUGUUGGCCGUUGUCUCAGAGGACGACUUUCAGCACAGUUCAAACUCCACCUACAGAACCACAAGCAGCAGUCUCCGAGCUGACCAGGAGGCACUGCUUGAGAAGCUGCUGGACCGCCCGCCCCCUGGCCUGCAGAGGCCCGAGGACCGCUUCUGUGGCACAUACAUCAUCUUCUUCAGCCUGGGCAUUGGCAGUCUACUGCCAUGGAACUUCUUUAUCACUGCCAAGGAGUACUGGAUGUUCAAACUCGGCAACUCCUCCAGCCCAGCCACGGGGGAGGACCCUGAGGGCUCAGACAUCCUGAACUACUUUGAGAGCUACCUUGCCGUUGCCUCCACCGUGCCCUCCAUGCUGUGCCUGGUGGCCAACUUCCUGCUUGUCAACAGGGUUGCAGUCCACAUCCGUGUCCUGGCCUCACUGACGGUCAUCCUGGCCAUCUUCAUGGUGAUAACCGCACUGGUGAAGGUGGACACCUCAUCCUGGACCCGUGGCUUUUUUGCGGUCACCAUUGUUUGCAUGGUGAUCCUCAGCGGUGCCUCCACUGUCUUCAGCAGCAGCAUCUACGGCAUGACUGGCUCCUUUCCUAUGAGGAACUCCCAGGCGCUGAUAUCAGGAGGAGCCAUGGGCGGGACGGUCAGCGCCGUGGCCUCAUUAGUGGACUUGGCUGCAUCCAGUGAUGUGAGGAACAGCGCCCUGGCCUUCUUCCUGACGGCCACCAUCUUCCUCGUGCUCUGCAUGGGACUCUACCUGCUGCUGUCCAGGCUGGAGUAUGCCAGGUACUACAUGAGGCCUGUUCUUGCGGCCCAUGUGUUUUCUGGUGAAGAGGAGCUUCCUCAGGACUCCCCCAGUGCCCCUUCGGUGGCCUCCAGAUUCAUUGAUUCCCACACACCCCCUCUCCGCCCCAUCCUGAAGAAGACGGCCAGCCUGGGCUUCUGUGUCACCUACGUCUUCUUCAUCACCAGCCUCAUCUACCCUGCCGUCUGCACCAACAUCGAGUCCCUCAACAAGGGCUCGGGCUCACUGUGGACCACCAAGUUCUUCAUCCCCCUCACUACCUUCCUCCUGUACAACUUUGCUGACCUAUGUGGCCGGCAGCUUACCGCCUGGAUCCAGGUGCCAGGGCCCAAUAGCAAGGCGCUCCCAGGGUUCGUGCUCCUCCGGACCUGCCUCAUCCCCCUCUUCGUGCUCUGUAACUACCAGCCCCGCGUCCACCUGAAGACUGUGGUCUUCCAGUCCGAUGUGUACCCUGCACUCCUCAGCUCCCUGCUGGGGCUCAGCAACGGCUACCUCAGCACCCUGGCCCUCCUCUACGGGCCUAAGAUUGUACCCAGGGAGCUGGCUGAGGCCACGGGAGUGGUGAUGUCCUUUUAUGUGUGCUUGGGCUUAACACUGGGCUCAGCCUGCUCUACCCUCCUGGUGCACCUCAUCUAGGAGGGAGGACACAAGGACAUUGGUGCUUCAGAGCCUUUGAAGAUGAGAAGAGAGUGCAGGAGGGCUGGGGGCCAUGGAGGAAAGGCCUAAAGUUUCACUUUAGGGACAGAGAGCAGAGCACACUCAGGCCUCAUCCCUCCCAAGAUGCCAGUGAGCCACGUCCAUGCUCAUUCCGUGCAAGGCAGAUAUUCCAGUCAUAUUAACAGAACACUCCUGAGACAGUUGAAGAAGAAAUAGCACAAAUCAGGGGUACUCCCUUCACAGCUGAUGGUUAACAUUCCACCUUCUUUCUAGCCCUUCAAAGAUGCUGCCAGUGUUCGCCCUAGAGUUAUUACAAAGCCAGUGCCAAAACCCAGCCAUGGGCUCUUUGCAUCCUCCCAGCUGCGCUCAUUCCAGCUGACAGCGAGAUGCAAGCAAAUGCUCAGCUCUCCUUACCCUGAAGGGGUCUCCCUGGAAUGGAAGUCCCCUGGCAUGGUCAGUCCUCAGGCCCAAGACUCAAGUGUGCACAGACCCCUGUGUUCUGUGAACAACUGCCCACUAACCACACUGGAAAACCCAGAAAGAUGGGCCUUCCAUGAAUGCUUCAUUCCAGAGGGACCAGAGGGCCUCCCUGUGCAAGGGAUCAAGCGUGUCUGGCCUGGGUUUUCAAAAAAAGAGGGAUCCUCAUGACCUGGUGGUCUAUGGCCUGGGUCAAGAUGAGGGUCUUUUAGUGUUCCUGUUUACAGCAUGUCAAAGCCAUUGGUUCAAGGGCAUAAUAAAUACUUGCGUAUUCAA